UCAUUUGAUAAUCAACCCCGAUAUAUCCAGCUUACUACCUGAUUUCUAAUCGGGCUCUUCACCUGCACAUCGAACGUCUCCUUCGGUAGAGAAUGGUUCAAACGAAACUAUCCUGGAGACCCAAGCCUAAGAAGUCCAAGUCUCCUGUGACUGGCAGCGACGACGAUAUCGUUAUGACCGAUUUACCUGAGAGCAGUCCCAGACCGAGAACACGAAGUGCCGCGAAGGGACGAACGGGGGGGGGUGGCGAUGAUGGGCGCGACCGCGGCCACGAUACCCAAAACGAUGAUGCGGACGACGACGAUAUGGCCAAGGUUACGAAUAAGACAAGGCUGCUGCUGGUGGCUGUAGAAGUACCCAAGAAGCAACGCUCUCUCACGAACUAUUUCUCUCCGAAAUCAUCAGGCGUCAAUGUUGAGGUUCGGCCGGCACCCAAAUCUCCUACUCGUCGGUCCAAAGGCAAAGGAAAGGCGGUGGCAGUGAUCUCCAAGCCAUCCACAUCGAGGCGUCAGUCUCGGAAGAAAAUCAUUGUCGAUUCUUCCGAUGAACAGGAAGAAGAUGAAGACAACGAUGAUGAUGAUGAUGAUGAUGAAUACGUUGCUGACAAGGAGGUAGUGGAGAGCGAAUUUGACGACGAUGUCGAAUCCGACCUUCAAGAUGCGUCUGCCGAAUCAGACCUUCAAGAUGGGACAGACGACGAAACCGGCGGUUCUCAGAAUGAAAUGCCGGCUAAGAAAGGCAAAGUCCAGACGUUGGCAUCUCAGGGCGGCAAGAAGAAAAAGAUGUCGUAUACGUGCAUUCCUAAGCCGUGUGGUAUCAAGGUCGAGUCCAGGCUGGAGGAUCAGCCCGGUGGUCUCCCGCCAGUAUCCAAUCUGACUCUCAUAUUUGACGACAUCAUUUCGCGAGUUUUGCCAUCCGUCGCCAAGUUGAUGGGCCCCAAUAAGCACAGGAAGUUGAGGGUCGCAACCAUGUGUUCUGGAACGGAAUCUCCUCUUUUGGCCCUCGGAAUGUUCUCGAAAGCUAUUAAGGAGAGAGGUAUGGGGCAUUUGGAAAUCGAGCAUGUCUUUUCGUGCGAGAUUGAGCCGUACAAACAGGCGUAUAUCGAGAGGAAUUUCAAGCCCCCCAUCCUGUUCCGAGAUAUCAAGGAAAUGGGAAACGAGUUCGCUACGACGGCGUAUGGUGCCAUGGUCAAAGUACCUGGAGAUGUGGACAUUCUCAUUGCGGGAACUUCCUGCGUGGACUUCUCCAACCUAAACAACAAACAGAAGUCUUUGGAAGAAGGCGGUGAAUCCGGCGACACAUUCUUGGGGAUGAUGCGCUGGGUUGACAAGCAUCGGCCUCUCAUCGUCAUUCAAGAGAACGUUUGUGGUGCUGCAUGGGGUGACAUGAGGGAGUUCUACCACAGGUGUGACUACGAUGCCGAGUAUACCCGGUUCGACUCCAAAAAAUACUACAUCCCGCACACUCGCAUGCGUGGGUACAUGUUUGCGGUCAAUGUACAAGGUCUCAGCAUCCCCAAUAAAUGGAUUGAUGCUGUCAAGAAGAUGGAGCGCAGGUGCACAACAACCUUGGAAGCGUUUAUGCUUCCAGACGACGAUCCAAGGGUGUACAAAGCUCGGAUGCAACUUGCCGGUGAUCCUCGUCGUACUGGCCCAAUCAAGGCCCGUACUGUCGAUUGGGAGAAGUGUGAGGGCCGACAUCAGCGAGAACGUAUCACGAAAAAGCUCGGUGAUCAGCGGCCAGUAACUGCGUGGCAGGAGGGUGGAGUCUGCAAAACCCUCGAUUUCAUGUGGCAGGAUUGGGGGAGGAAGCAGGUCGAACGUGUCCUAGACCUAAUGGACAUCAAUUUCCUCCUUUCCGUCCGGGAUGGGUAUGAUCCGAUGUACAAAGCAGCCUUCUGGAAUCUGUCUCAAAAUGUCGACCGCAACACAAUGGGUGGUAAACCGGAUGGGAUCUCCCCAUGCUUGACUCCACACAUGAUCGCCUACCUCUGCUACCGUGGUGGACCAAUGACCGGAAUCGAGGCAUUGCACAUGCAAGGGCUGCCUAUUGACGAGCUGCUUCUUACCCGUGAAACGUCGCAGCAAAUCCAGGACCUCGCAGGCAAUGCGAUGUCAUCGACGGUUGUGGGUACGGCCAUACUGUGCGCGUUGAUUUUGUCGAUGGAACAUUUGCAAGACCGUUCAUCUGACGAGGAUGCAAUGGCUCUUGAUGAGCCCUCGGAAAUCAAUAACCCCAUCGUUGGUGAGGACGAGCUGGAAGAGUCCGCCAUGGAUCUUUCCACAACAGAUGCGCUCGAGCUGCGCGAUCUCCUUGUGGACGCCGAGAAGUCGAGGCGCGUGUGUGUUUGCGAAGGACGAUUUUCAAUUACCACCAAUAAGAUCCGUCUUUGUACAGAGUGCGGGUUUACGGCAUGCGAUAAGUGUGGUGGUCGUCCCAGUCAUGAAGUCCCCGAAAAUCAAGAUCCGAUCGAAAACCGUCUCCAGCCGUUGGAGUUUGAGGCAAAGCUCAAGAGCAUCCUAUCGAUGCGUCUUCGGUUGACAGGUAUCGAUGAUGCGACGUUUCAAAAACUGAAGCCCGAGGACGACUCAAUUCGCGACCUUGACUGGAAGAUCUGGUCCGAGCUAGCCGUUGCAGCUUUCAAAGGAGAGUUCAGGUUCAAGAAUCUACUUCGUCAGGAGACGUGGACAGUGACAUACGAUGCUCCAGAUGCGCGUCUCGAGCUUAUUCUGAACACCAAGAAGCCCGAGUGGCGCAUCUUCGCGAAGUGCCCAAUGACGGAAGGCAUCACGAGCGAAAAGCGCCGCCUCUCCGCACGCCCGAUCGCCCGAAUGCUAGUGCACGGCCAGGCUGGCAAGGGUGCAUUAGAAGGUCAGUGGGAAUUGUGUCUUCCGGCUUUCCCGCGAUUCGACAUUUUGGUUCAAGGCAUCGAUGCAAAGGUCCCAUCCUGGCAGAGCACUCUUGGAUACACGGACAGUGCGACGAUGACUAGUGAAGUUUACGGUCGUCUUCGAUUUACUGUACCCGACGAGCACAAGGCGAAGUUUGAUCAGGAUAUUUCCGGCGAGUACAAGCUCUUGCAAAAUUGCGGGACUGCAUUGGGUUCUCUCCACAAGAGAAUUGACGAUGAUGGUGCGGUUCCGUUGUUUUGCUUCAUUGAUCAGAAGAGAACUGGGGAUGGGUCGAACGACUCGUUUGUGUUUGCAUCUGAUCAUCGUCGACUCGGGUACGGAGAGUACCGACCUCUGACCGCCUACCUUGCUCCUACCUGGAGACAACGGGACGCAACGGCAGAACCCCGCAAAGUUGCGACCCUCAUUGACGGUCAGUGGGUUCCCGUCAAAGCUCGGUUGGGUCCGCCUCCGGUCUCGCAAUCCGCUAAGGACGGAAUCUUGUCGGUGCCGGGGCCGGAUGGCUUGAACUUCCAGAUUUCCAAGGAAGACUGCGGCUCGGCACGGACCGUAUUGCAGUGCAAGGUGCCACUCCGUGGUCAGGUUGAAGCCAUAUGGCCGAGAGGGAAAUGGAUUGAAGUGGACUCCAUUCACGAACGUGCGACAUACGAAUCCCUUGCUUGGCUUACCGAGCGGGUGCGAUCACUCAAGCAAUUGGAACAGUGGACAACUCUGGAACUUCCCGAAUGCGGUCUUGACGGCUGCAAUCGUUGCGCUCCACCGCAUCCACAGCUCAAGUGGUUGUUUGUGAAGAACAAAUUUAAACCCUUUGAGGAUCCGCAACAGGCUGCACCGUACGAGCGAGCCUUAAAGGCACGCCCUUCCCCUUUCGUGACCCAUGUCAAGCUUGACGACGGAGGCGCCGGAGUUCUCAAGAUUGGGCUCAAUGUGGCUACCCUAGUUCAUCGAGCACUGUUUAGGAUGCCAGCUGAAGUUCGUGGAGCACCUCUCCUCAGCUGGAGGCUUGUGACCGACUACAUUCCGGAACCGAGGCUCCUGUUGCCAUUUUACUCCCUGGCUUCCAACAAGAAUGAUGUGGAAGCAGAACAACCGCCAAACUUUAUCACUCCAUUGCGCCCAGAGCAGCUUAGAUCGCUGUCUUGGAUGAAAGAGCAGGAGAAAGAAGAUGUCAUUCCGUUCAUGGAGGAAGAGGUUGCAGAAGUUUUGCUGCCUCACCUCAACUGGCGAGCGGAAGGCAAGGCGGAGCGUCCGAAUUACGUCUGGGGUGGUGUCCUGGCAGAUGAAGUUGGUUAUGGCAAGACAGCCAUCACCCUCGGUCUCAUCGAUUCCACACAUCAUAGCAUCAAGCUUCCCGACAAGAUGCCCGGAGCCAUCCCAAUCAAGGCGACAUUAGUGGUCAUUCCUAGCCAUCUCGCCGGGCAGUGGACAGAUGAGAUCAAAAAGUUCACGGGUACCCGAUACAAGGUUAUCAAGAUCCUAUCACAGGCAGAUCUCAACAAGGUGAGUGUCAAGGAGAUGAUGCAGGCCGACAUCGUGGUUGCUAGUGCGCCCAUCUUCCAGUCGGACAAGUACAUUUCGAACUUGGCGCUAUUUGCUGGUACUGCGACUGCCGCAGCUGGCCAAGGAAGACGUUUUUUCGAAUGGCAGAGGCAGGCUUUGGUCGAUCUGGCUGUUCAGGUUGAUCACAUUCGUGAGAUGGGUGCGGCAGGUGCUUGGGCGAGGAUUGACGAAGCAAGCCGUCGCUUGGGCCGGGAAGCGAAUGAACCUGCCGAGGUGUUCGUGCAAAAAAAGCGUUUGACUGGAUCUGCAUAUGCCAAAUCCAAGGAGCAAACGGGAUCGAAGCGGAUGAGAAGCACUGAUGACGACGAUAGUGACGUGGAUUCAGUGUCUGAGGAGGGCACGUCGUCUGAUCGAGCCAAAAAAUCACGCCAGAGCAUGAUCGGCCGGGACCCCUGGAAACUAAAGAACCACCUCGUUCAAAAAGAUUGGACCCGAAUGGUGACACCUCCUUUCGAGAUGUUCCAAUUCAACCGCUUGGUCGUCGAUGAGUUCACCUAUUACAAUGGGCAGAUUCACGCCGGUAUCAUCAGCUUGAAGGCUCGAUAUCGUUGGGUCCUUUCUGGUACUCCCCCGCUUGACGACUUUGAAGAUGUCAAGACCAUAGCCGCUUUUCUUAACAUACACCUGGGAAUCGAGGACGAUCAAGUCGGAAAAGAUCAGAAUAAAAAGCGAAUUCAGAAGGACAUGACUGUUGUGGAACUAUUCACGAAUUUUAGAGAGAUUCAUUCACCGUAUUGGCAUACUCGGAGACAACAAGUUGCCCAGGCGUUCCUCAAUCAGUUCGUGCGUCAAAACUACGCCGAGAUCGACGAGAUUCCUUACCAGGAGUUCAUUGUUCCGGUUAAGCUACCCGCUGCGGAGAGAGCCAUCUACCUCGAGCUUGAGCACUACCUUCAAGCGUUGGACUAUAAUCUCAAGCGGUCCAAGCACAAGAUGGACAACGAUCGGGACCGUCGUCAACAGGAAGCGCUAGGUGAUUCCGAAACGGCAGAAGAAGCCUUGAUCAAACGUUGCUCGCACUUUGAUCUUGACGGAUCUCGGAGCAACGAAGAUAAUGCCGUUCAGGCGUGUGAUGUCAUUGUCGAGGAGCGCAAGAAGCAACUUCACAGCUGUUGUGAGGACAUCCGCCGCUCUCUCAAGGAUGCCCUGACGAGAUACAAGCAAAUUUCGUCUAAGGAAUGGCAGGCGGACACUGGAGCCCGAUCGAACGACAAGCGCCCCAAGAACCUCUUCAUGGAGUUUGUUGAGCAGUGUCGUACUGGCGGUGUUGGAGAUCCUGACGCCAACCACGAUAUCAAAGCCCUUCUUGAAGAGGCAUUUGCUGCUCCGAAAUCCUUCAAGGUGGUCUAUGCGGAUGGCUCUGUCGCUGAUCCGAAGAUCUCCGCGAAGGAACCACCAUCGGCUUCGAACAAAAAAGGCAAGAAGGCAAAAGUCAAAGUUGAUGAAGCAGUGGAUGAAACCCCUCUGGACACGCUGGAACGGAUUGAGCAACUCAAGAGCAAGGUCAUCUAUCUUCGUGGGCUGGCCAGGAAGGAGCUAGCUGGUCGCCAUCGAUCUUUGCGAUACUUCACUGUUGUCCGUGACCUUCAGAAGUCGGCCUUGCCGGGCGGCGCCGUCGUUCAAGUCACAUGCCCUGGUUGUAAACGAUCGGACCUGGAACUUUCAGAAAUCGCCGUCCUCUCGUCGUGCGGUCACAAAGGAUGUUACGAUUGCCUUCGCGAAGCCGCGCGCCUCACCCAGUGUUUGACGGAGGGCUGUCAAGCUGCCACUCGUGCAUUGGCGGUUGUCAAGGCCGACUCUCUAGGCGCAGAGGACAAGCGCGACGGAAUCGGACGCCACCACGGCAAGAAGCUCGAGAAAAUCGUCGAAUUGAUCAAGAACCACAUUCCAAAGAAUGAAAAAGUUUUGUUGUUCAUCCAAUUCGGCGACCUCAUGACCCGCGCUCAGAAGAUCCUGACCGCCAGUGGCAUCAAGUGGGCAAGGAUUGAGGGAAAUUCCAAGAAGAAGUCGACUACUGUCCAGGAUUUCCAGAACGACCAGGGAGAAAAUAGCGCCAAGGUUAUGAUUCUGAACGUGACUGCCGAGAGCUCCUCCGGCUCGAACUUCACUGUUGCGAACCACGCCAUCUUCCUGUCGCCACUUUUGACUACGACUGAUUACGAGUAUCAAUCGUCGGAGACACAGGCGAUCGGACGUAUUCGCCGCUACGGGCAGACUCGCAAGGUUCACAUCUGGCGCUUCAUGUCUGAAGACACGAUGGACGUCGAAAUCUACGAGGGCAGGACUGGCGAGAAGCGCGACAGCGAUUCCUUCAAGGCCAAGAUUUACGAGGUAUGAUUUUGAAAACGAAGGGUUAGAUGGGGGCGGUUUCUUUUGUUUGGGGGGAGUCCUUUUUUCUUUCUUACGAGUACGAUUCAUUCAGUUUUCAUUUGGUAACUUUUUACAUGUACGCGUUUUCUGGUUACUUAGACUAGGUAGCUCGUGUUCAAAUAAGCCAGCGGGUGGAGUUCUGUCUGUCUGUUUUUUUGAUUGCAUUCUUUUUAUACCUGUGGGUGUUUUUUGGAGCGGUUAAGCUAUGGUGUAUGAUUGUACAUAUUGGUUUGUUUGGACUUUUGGGUCAGUACAUUGUAGAUGAUACCGUUUGUUUGAGCGUGCGGUAUUUCUGGUGUUUUGGUCGGAUGGUGGUGGUGGUGGUGGUAGACUGUGGUGGUGGUGGUGGUAGACUGUAGUGGUGCGGUGGUGAAUAGAAGGAUUCGCGGUGGCACCACCCGUAAUACCCCUCCUAUUAUUCGGUCGUUUCAAGUGGUUGACGGUUG